GGCAGAGGAGGGGUCUGAGGUGAGGAGUGGGGAGUUACCUCCUCCAGGCCAGGCAAGGAGAGCUGAAGAAAAACUGGUGAGGGCUCUCACCUGCCCUGGGGAGUACCUCCCUUCCGAGCCGCUGACGUGGGUGCCCAGUCCUUGGGCAAAGGCUGGGCCUGAUGCUUUAGGUGGGAGGGCAGUCUGGGGCUCUGGGGCCAGUUUUGACCCUCCAAACUUGCCAUGGGGUACUGGGCCAGAGCUUGGGCUCUCAGGCUUUAGGGACCUGGAUUUGGGCAGCCAGGAACCUGCUGCCUUCCCCCUCCCUGUCCUGGGGAUCAUGGAGUCCAACCUGCAGGGGACGUUCCUGCUGAACAACACAUCGCUGGCUCAGUUCUCAGAGAUGAAGGCUCCCAUGUGCCAGUAUUCAGUGCAGAACUCCUUCUACAAGCUCAGCCCUCCAGGACUGGGCCCCCAGCUGGCUGCCGGGACACCCCACGGGAUCACGGACAUCUUGAGCAGGCCGGCAGCCACGCCAAACAGCAGCCUCCUCUCCGGCUACCCCCACGUGGCAGGCUUUGGUGGACUUGGCUCCCAGGGGGUCUACUAUGGCCCCCAGGUGGGGAAUUUUUCCAAGGCUGGGAACGAGUACCCCACCCGGACCCGGAACUGCUGGGCGGACACAGGCCAGGACUGGCGAGGCGGGCAGCAGUGCAGCAACACACCGGACCCCCUGAGUGACAGCAUCCACAAGAAAAAGCAUACCCGGCCCACCUUCACAGGACACCAGAUCUUUGCCCUGGAGAAGACCUUUGAACAGACCAAGUAUUUGGCUGGCCCUGAGAGGGCGCGGCUGGCAUACUCGCUGGGCAUGACCGAGUCCCAGGUGAAGGUGUGGUUCCAGAACCGAAGGACCAAGUGGCGGAAGAAGAGUGCUCUGGAGCCGUCGUCGUCCACGCCUCGGGCGCCGGGCGGCACGGGCGCGGCCGGGGACCGCGCGGCCUCGGAGAACGAGGACGACGAGUACAACAAGCCGCUGGACCCCGACUCUGACGACGAGAAGAUCCGGCUGCUGCUCCGCAAGCACCGCGCCGCCUUCUCGGUGCUCAGCCUGGGCGCGCACAGCGUCUGA